AAAAAAAAAAAAACGACAUGAAACCCCCCAAUGACACCGAGGUUAAAAGGGGGAUUGCUGUCCUGUGGGAGACCCUGCAGUGCCCCAUUUGUCUGGAUUUGUUGACUCAACCUGUUUCCACCAAGUGUGACCAUCGGUUUUGCAAGUUUUGUAUGCUGAAGCUGUUGGACAACGCCAAACUCAGCAGAGCCGACUGCCCAGUGUGUAAAGAAAAGAUAACCAAGAGAAGCUUGCACGAGAGUCCAGGUUUUCAGAGGCUCGUCACAGGACUGCAAGACAUGAUUCAGGCGUAUGAACAUGACACCGGCACAAACUACUUCACUGGACUGGCCCAGGAAGGAAGACGAUCUCUUGUCAACGAUGACAAACGGGUCGACCGGACCGCCAACACCGUGGAGGGUGUUGAAAAGACUCUUCCGAGUUCUCACUCAUCAACUGUAGCAGCCCUACAUGGAUUUGCAAGGGUCAUGGGAAUCGAAGAUUCCAAUCCUCUAACGACAGAAGGUGGCGUUCAGGAUGGCAGUCUCGGAGGCUCGAUUCAAAUUUCAGAAUCGAUCGAGGCAACAGUCAAAGCAUCGAGACUUGCAACUCGAAGGAAAGGGAGAAAGGACCUAGUUGUGGCGGCUGUUUCGGAAAGUCAAUCCUCCAGGCAGAAGCAGAAAAAGGAUCAGGAGCCUGAACAGAUCUCUGAGCACAGGAAGAAGGAAAGUGUGGAGAAGGUGGCCAAGUGGCUCAUGAAGGUUCCCGCCGAGGGGAGCCUCGAGUCGGAGGAACGCGCAGCGGUUGCCCACGAUUCAGACAGCUCCACUUCCACAUUGGACAUCAAGACCUUCAACAAGAAGGAGCAGGUCACCAAAACGCUCGAGAAAAAGGUGUUUGGGGCCACCUACAAACGAGAGCGGAGAAGUAACCAAAGCACCAACACUAAACCACCAUCACACUCAUCGGAAAAGCCACCCAAAAAGAAGAAGACGACGACGACCAGCCCGACUCCUGCUGACUUUACAAAAAGCCCCGAAGAAAACCGUGACGGCGAUCUGGAAAAGCCUGCAAAGACGGAUGUCUCUGAAGAAGCAGGAAACUGUGAAAUUCCCAAGAAGGAUCUAGACAAACCUUCGGAAAGGGAUGAAAAUAACAGCAAAUGUGACCUUCACAGCCCUGAAACCCUUCAGCCUGAACGCAAGCGAAGAAAGAGGUUGCGUAGUGCCUUGCAGCAGGUCGACUCUGAUUUGCAGGCCAAAGUGGAGGCGGAAAGUUCUGCGCCGAAAAAAGCAGACAGGCGGAAACGUCACUCUGAAAAAGGAAAGUCCGCCAGAGCUGUGAAACCUCUGGUCCUUGUUGGAGUUCAAAACGGAGACUGUGUCACUAAGAGUAAGCUGCCAGCGGAGUCGGUUCAGGUUCAUAUCGAGAACUACCCGAGCAGCGAGGACCAGGAGGCGGCCGUCACGACGGGCACCAGGAGAAGCAGGCGGCUUCACUUGUCUUCCCAGAACGUCCUGCGGCGAGCUCCCAAGAAAGCUGCAACCCGCCAGGGAGCGAAAACACUUGGAAAGGGUGUUAAAGACGGUGAAAUGUCAGAUGUUUCGGAUGUCAAAGCUUGCAAAAUUAAUGGAUGCGUUUAUGGCAAAGACAUUUGUGUCAUCGAAAACAUGGAGCUCUCCCAUCUAGAGAAUCUUGUUCAGGGAGUUCCUCCCAUUGAAACCCAGGCAGGUGCAGAUCAUGACGCCCCAUCUUGUCCCAAGUUCCGCAAGUCUGAUCGGGAGGCUCCGGAAGAUCCAGCACCUCGUUCGAUUCCGAGUGCCUUGGCGGAAAAGGAGGAGAACCGUAACGACAGCGAGGUGGACACUGAUCAGCUCCUUAGGAGCUUCAAGACCACCAAAAGGAAGUCGUUCCGCCUCACCCGUUCAAAGACGCGUCGGUGCGUGGAUGAAGAACACGUGCACAGUCCGGAGAAGAGCAACCCUAUUAGAUCACGAGUCCAGUCUUGCAAACAGCAGACGAAACAGAGAUCUGACCUCACCAACCUGUCAUCUUGUAGCGAUUUGAUCCCCCCGACCGAUUCGCCCAAAAGGAAAAUGGAUGCCGAGGCGUCAGCUGCUCCCGUUCUCCUGCGGAGUACUGUUAGCAGUGCUCUCAGUCCGAACAAAGUGGCAGCACGCGAAGCGGAAAGCCCUGUCGUGUCAUUUGUCCCUCAUGUGGUGGAUUCUGGACUCUGUUUUUAUGAGCGCCAGGAGAUUCCAGAGAAUGUGUUUGAAUCCUCUCCAAGGGAGCACCCCAGGGACCUGGUGGAGAACCCCACCGCCUCUGGAAACCAUUCAAUAACCACGUCCCAACAUCUGCUAACCACUGACUGCUACUUGACUCCGGACGGCCUCGGACUUCAGCCAGGCCAUCCGCCCCACGGAACCCAGACAAGCAUCGUGUCGUCCAGCCAGAGCGACCCCGGCCGGAGGACGCAGAGAAGGACUCGGAGGCUGCGGUACUCGUCGGAGUCACAGAGCAGCUACAACGAGGUGCUGCCCACUUUGGCGCAAAUCUUCCAUCAGGUGACUCCCCCGCUUCAGGGCGACUGUGUCCAGGAUGCCGCUGAACCUAAUGGGCAUGAAGUUAAGAAUGUCUCUGGGCGGUGUUUAAGUCCAGACUGCGUUACCGCCAGCCAAGCGUCCGUCGACUUGUUCGAUCCUCCAGAUGAAUGUCAACUGCCAGUUAACGGUGGACACGUGUCUGCGGAGUCAUCACAAUUUGCAAGCGAGGUUCUCGUUACGCAGCAAAAGCUGGAGAUGCAGAAGGAGUUGGUGAGGCUGGAGAAGUUGAUGGCGCUGGUGUCCGAGGUGCUCCAGGAGAAGGAAGCCAACCCUGCUGUGUGCCCAGAUGUGCACAAAUCGGUUGCAUGUGACCCGGACGCAAGCCACGAUCCAGACCGGAAAGCCCUUGAAGACGGUGCGGAGGAGCCCGGAAGGUGUCCCCAUGAUGGAGAACCGUUGGCUCAGCCCACUGUAGAGUUGUCGCCACCAACCUCCCCGCGUGCAGUACCAGCUGGGAAAAGCGGUGCAGAUUCAACUUUAACCUCCAACGACAAGGAGAACAAGAUUCCGGAGAGAGACGCCAACAUAGUUGAAAUGGUUCUGGUGUCGUCUGGCUUGGCACGUGCUGAGCAGAUCACGGUGAAGAGGUUUGCUAAGAGAGUCGGCGCUCGUGUGGUUUCCCGGGUGACGGCAGAGGUGACUCACAUUGUCAUGUGCACAGAUGAACAUCUUGUAUGCGAGCGUACCCUCAAGUACUUUCUUGGCAUUGCAGGCAGGAAGUGGGUGGUGAGUUUCCAGUGGAUUACGGAGUGCUUCAAGCGAAAGAAACUCUUGGACGAGAGCUUAUUUGAAGUGAGAGGCGACGUGGUGAACGGGUCCGACCACCUGGGCCCAAUGAGAGCUCGCACCACCGGUGACGACAAGCUUCUGAUGAAGGGCUAUGAAAUCUGCUUCCAAGGACCUUUCACAGACAUGACCACAGAGGAAAUGGAGUGGAUGGUGCAGCUGUGUGGAGCCGCGGUGGCCAAAGACCCGUUGCUACUCGACAGUAAACAGAAGUCCAAUCAGCUGGUGAUCGUUCAUCCUGGAUCAGAACCGUUCUCGUACAGCAGUCUAGCGAAACAGGCCACAGUUGUGACUCGCGGUUGGUUGUUGGACACUGUGGCCACCUACACACUCCAAGGCUACGACAACUACCGAACGUGAGCUAAGGACAUGUUUUACCACCACUUUAUUAUGAAAUGUUCUGUACAAAAUGUGCAUAAACCAAAAGAACAGAAACAUGUAUAGUUAAAGAAAAAAAAAUAAA